GACGCCUCAUGAAUGUACGAAAAGUAGGCGAAGCACCAAGGAAGAAGAUAAACGCUCUUUAUAACCAACAUCCGCCGCCGUGGGAUGUCAUUCGAAGAGUCGUACAUGGAGGCCGCAAUGUCGCAUGCGAGUUUUCUGCUUGCCCUGCUCCUUUUCUCUCCGUUAGCAGAUGGUGCAGUAACGCCAGACGCAUGCCAAGAGCACGCCAUCAUGGAUUGUCUGGGGGAGCGGUUUGCAGAGAUUCAAAUAGCAAAGACACCAACAGAUUUCGAUAACAUUUACAAGGCCAUCUGCACUUUCAGCGGGAAGAACGAGUCUUGCACUGACAUCCACGCAAGUCCAGACUGUCCCGAGGAAGACAAGAAGGUGCUGGCUAUGUUAGAGAAUUCUUUAGCGGCAGGGCUCGACAACCUCUGUGAGAACGAAGGAUCCCUUCUGAAGAAGCUGCUAAUUACUUUCCGGUGCUGGAACUUGGAAAUGUUCGUCAGCUGCGUCGGGAAACUUCCCCAGACGGCCAAGGGUCUUGACUUCUUCCGUGAAAAGCGGACUCAAAAGGAUUUGGAGGUACUGAAGGUGGAAUUGCACAAGUGCGUCGACGGCGCCCGGAAUAACAGCGCGGAGUGCGCACAGGCCGACGUGGAGCCAGCUGAAAAAUUUAUCGCGAGCUUCAUGGAAGGCGCGGUGCCUGGAUACGCGGCGCUUGGAACGCGCGGCGACGGCAGUGGACGAGGCAACGUGGCCACGCAAGCCGGCUCGAGCUCUGCUGCCAUGCUGACUGUCGUCCUGGCUGUGGCUUUCACGAGGCGUAACUAGAGCGCACACCGUGAACAAUGACUAGCCUGGGAGCUAGGACGCUAGAUAGGUCCAAAGUUGCGUACAUUUGCGAAGCCGUAUUUUAAUGUUUGUAUGACAUACAUACACGUCUGAGCAUGCUGUGCCAGCACCUUCUCCAGGACGUGCGGAACACGUAUGCUGGGACGCCCUGUAUAGACGCGUGCAAAGUUUCAAGGAGAAAAGCUUAACCGUUAGCCUUCAGCAACAAAUGUAAAACCUAAUUUACUGCUGAAGGCAGCAAUAGCGUUUAGCAACUAUCCUACUUCGCUCCACAAUGCACGUACAGCGUCGAAGCUUUUCCCCCAGCUUGCCCCUCGCAAAAUUUAAUUCCUGGAAAGUACCCGUUUUAUACGCACAAUGGUUUUCAAGCGGCGUGGUGUCGAACACUGCACGGAGCUCCAGAGCUUAAUUGAUAUUCGGUAGUUUCCCCACAACGCGUCCCCUAAUUACUCGUCCACCUAUACCUCUACACACCUAAACAAAAUUACACCCUUUGGGUCGCAUCUUGCCACACAACGAUAAUCUUCAUCUGUCUUGUGCGCAUUUCCUUUCUUUCACGCUGCGAGGCCGGUACUUCCAAAUCACGAACGGCAUGCGUGUUAUCAGCAUGACAGAGCAUUCUCGACAGGAAAGUAGCGAGCGCAGCGUUUUCAAGAAAGGAAACUCAAGCAAGACAGAUGACGAUUAUCGUUGUGUGGCAGGAUAUGACCCAUAGGGUGUACAUUUGUUUUAGAGCGUACUUAAACACAUGCAAUGACUCCCAGAAAUCUUUUAGCCCAAUGCGAAUGCUCUUUCAAACUUAUUUCCACCGACAUGUCGAGCGGUCAGAAUUUUUAUGGAUGUCCUUGGGCAAACGUUUUCCCCCGCAUCUAGUCGCACUAAUAAAUUCGCUGUAGAACGGCUCGGCUGCACAUAGUUGAACUACAUGGCGUGAUGCGGUCACCAGUUAACAACCACACAACUUCUUGACCACCCAUGACGAGAUGCACUCAAGGGCGGUGUCUGUUCUCGAACCGUGCAAAAUUUCUGAGCGCACAAAUUCCUUGCACAAGCUUUUCCCGGCCUGAGACUACUUAUUGGACACGUUAACGAUGACAAGUCGUUUGUUCGGUGAUAACUGUGUACCGCGUUCCUUGCUGAUCACUGUACCGUCUGUACAUAGCUAUGACAGAGAUAUUCUGCGUUAUUUAUGCUGUUGUCAUCGACAUUCUUGUAAAUAAAAGGUUCAUGCUGUAAGCUGCGUCUUUGUAUUAUUCACGCGUAGCGUGUAGAAGGCGCGAAGGAACUGUAGAUCAUAUUUUGCUAGCACAUCGCAAUAUUCAUCCAGAGGUAAACGAUUACGGUGUCCGAGGACUUUGACGUUAACGAUAAUAGAGCAAACGUCCCCAAGACCGUCCGUCCCCAACCUUGACUGAGCUAAAUACUGCUCAACUUCGGCGACCACACCUAAAUUGCAUGAUGCAUACUCAGCAUUCAAAGGUCAUUAGCCGAUCCUAGAGUCUGCAUUCGUUUUCUGUUUUUUUUUUCGAAAGAAAAAAAUAUCGGAAGAACAUAGCAAAAUGGGCUGGGCAGGGUCAUGCUAUUCUCGUGGAAAUCAAUCGGCAUUUCCUCGACGGAAUAACGACAUUUCCGAAUGUGAGAUGGUAGGCGAAAUUCUGCAAGCACGAUUUUCCACACACCUAGUUUGUGCUGACCAACGGCAUAAGAUGCUUAUUAUGGGGGUUUAGGAUAGCGGUCUAGAGUUUAUCGUUCUCCAACGAGUGACCGCUUUGCGUUCGCGGUCUGCCCCGCCCGGAAGGUGCAAGGGUCGCUCACGCGGACCCCCAUUUUAUUACUUCCUGCACGCGGAAGGAAAAGGAAAACAUAAUGCCAAAGAAAAAAAAGAAACCCGCCUUUGUUUCACCCUGUGAAAGUGCACGUACAGCGAAGCUGGCGCGGACGUUGGACGACGUUGCACAAGCUCCAGCGCCACGAGCUACAUACGUCACGCGCGCACGCACGCGCCUGGAAGUGCAGCACACGUGCUCAUUCUUGUGCGCUUGUGCAUUAUUGGACUGCUAGAAUUUCUCAACGUAAAAUGUGUGAGAAAGUGAGAAAAUUCGUAAAGAACGGCUUACACAAAGCCUACAGACAUCACAGCAUCAGACUGCAAUUCGAAUACGCAACAUAAUUCUGCUACGCGGAAACUAAAACACAAGCCCCUUUAGCAGCCAUUUUUCGGUCAGCACGCCACGACAAAUCCCGACGAAGUAGAGGUUAACAGCUUCGCUGUAAAAAAAACAAAACAAAAAAAAACAAAAAAAAGCACGAAUAACGCAGCCAGUAAUAUUUUACGGCAUGAAAGGUAUACCUGAGAGUUCUUUAUCUUCAGUUUUAUUUUCUUGUCACCAUUGAGAUUGACGAUGCAAAGCGGCUUUGGGACGUUUCGCGGCACCCACGAUAUUGCUGAAAUGUAGCAUUAGGGAUGUGCGAAUACCCAAAGAUACCGUUUGGGUUGGGCGCCUGCGCUGUGGCGAGAUACUAAUCGUUAGUGUCUCCCUAUAUCUCGGGGCCCCUAUUCUAAAACGGCCUACUAUUUUUCACCGCACCCUAAGCUGACCCACAUGACCGACCCCCUGGUAAUAAGCUAGGAGGCGCGCUUCUGAAAGCGCGGAUGGCGCGAGAAACGAAAGCCCACAGGAAUGGCAGCAACAGUCCGUACGCUCUUUCAUCCUGCUUGGGUCAGAUGAACUGCCUGGAGAAAUGCACUCGCGGAUUUUACUAUAUCGUCUUUUGGAGGCGGGACUCACUCAAGCUGAGCCUCGGGCAUUUUUACUUGGUCACUUUUGAGCACCACACGCUUUCGAAAACGAUGAAAGAUUAUUUGCAGCGUGCACACCUUCCCACGCGCAUACGGGCUCGUUAAAGCACCCAGCUACAAGUACCGAAAUUGAAGAAGUGCGUUUCAUUUCACCAAAAUAGACUGCAGAGAACUGCCGCCCACUAUAUAACACCACUCAAAAGUUCCGUUUUCUCGAGAGGCAAUAUUUCUCGCAAUACCAUGGCGAGUUGGGCUAGUUGGUUGACGUUCGUAUUUGAGUUAACUGGAAGCGCACCUAAGACGCGGACACGGAAAGGAAGCGUGUCGUCCUCUCGUCACUUCCUUCCUCUCUUCACUUUUGAGCAUGCGCCGGCUUCGUUCACGAACCCUUAUACGACACACUUGGACAGCAGUGUCAAUCAGUUGGCGAGAAAUACGCUAAGUUUAGCGAGCUUUUCAUUGUCUUCUUGAAGCCUGAGUGACUGGUUCAGUGACUUCUUUAGGUACGUAAAUAACCAGCGAAUGUCAUUAGCAAGGUUCUUCGAUCAACUUUGUCUAAGUUCAAUGUCUCGCUCCCGCAUUUUAUACCGAGGGGAACACGUUCGCCGCGUUGCGACUUACACGGCACGGGACUACGCAAUGCUUUAGAUAAAGGCAUGCGCAUAUAUGAUUGUCUAUUUUCUAACCCCCUAAAUAAAUGGCUGUAAAACGCUCCUUUCCUGUGCGUGAAAGGGGCAGUAGCUUGGCACAGGCGCGGAUUGAUAAGUCGCGGAUUGACGCUUUAGCUCCUCUGAUUAGCCCACGCGCGCCGUAGUCUUCGCUGGACGUCGCGACUAGGCAUGGCCUGGACGCCACAACCGGCAACCUGAAGGCCGCCCACAACGCUGCUUUUUAAUUUUUUAAUUUGUUUUUACUUUUGGCCUUCUCAUCAAUAAAAGUUUUUCACCACACCAC